AUGUCAUUCAAAAAUGAAGGGGCCAAGUGUCCGCGUACAGCGUCGACCCAGAAGACAUAUACAACGGCCAAUGGGUGUCCGUUCAUGAAGCCUGAAGGCCCCCCGGCAGACGGCCGGACACUUGCCCUCGAUGACCACCAUUUGGUGGAGUCGCUGGCUCAUUUUAAUCGGGAGAAGAUUCCUGAACGAGUGGUGCACGCCAAAGGUGCUGGGGCUUAUGGGGAAUUUGAGGUGACUGCUGACAUUUCGGAUAUCUGCAACAUUGAUAUGCUGCUUGGCGUGGGAAAGAAGACGCCGUGUGUGACGCGCUUCUCGACCACAGGGAUGGAGCGAGGCUCUGCCGAGGGCAUGAGAGACUUGAAGGGAAUGGCCACCAAGUUCUACACCAAGGAAGGGAACUGGGACUGGGUGUGCCUCAACUUCCCCUUCUUCUUCAUUCGGGAUCCGCUCAAAUUCCCAAGUCUGAUGCAUGCUCAACGCCGUGACCCGCGGACCAACCUCCUGAACCCCAAUAUGUUCUGGGACUGGGUGACAUCUAACCACGAGUCUCUGCAUAUGGUUCUGCUGCAGUUCAGUGACUUUGGCACCAUGUUCAACUGGCGGUCGCUGAGCGGGUAUAUGGCCCAUGCCUACAAAUGGGUCAUGCCGGACGGCUCCUUCAAAUACGUGCACAUCUUCCUGUCCUCGGACCGCGGGCCCAACUUCAGCCAGGGCGAACAAGCCAAAGGCACCUCUGACCUCGACCCUGACCACGCAACCCGAGACCUGUACGAGGCCAUCGAACGAGGAGACUACCCGACCUGGACGGCCAGCGUGCAGGUCGUAGAUCCCAGUGAAGCCCCCGACCUCGGGUUCAACAUCCUUGACGUAACCAAGCACUGGAACCUGGGCACCUACCCCAAGAGCCUUCCGACGAUCCCGUCCCGUCCCUUCGGCAAGCUGACGCUGAAGCGGAACCCGCAAAACUACUUCGCCGAGGUCGAGCAACUGGCCUUCUCCCCGUCCAACAUGGUGCCUGGCAUCCUGCCCUCGGAGGAUCCCAUCCUGCAGGCGCGGAUGUUUGCCUACCCAGAUGCGCAGCGCUACCGACUGGGCGCCAACCACCACAAGAUCCCCGUCAAUCAGUGCCCAACGGCCUUCAACCCGACUCUUCGUGACGGUGCGGGCACUUUCGACAAUAACUAUGGAUCCCUGCCCGGCUACGUGUCCGAAUCGCAGGGCGUGAAUUUUGCACGUCCCCACGAGCAUGACCCCAAGUUCAAUGCAUGGCUCUCGCAGCUCUCAUCCAAGUCAUGGAUGCAGACAAAUGAGAACGACUACAUGUUUCCGCGGGAAUUCUACAAGGCGCUUCCCGAGUUCCGAAGCCAGGAGUUCCAGGACAAGAUGGUGGAGAAUAUCAUUUCGUCUGUGGCUCAGACGGGCAAGGAGAUUCGGGAGAAGGUCUACUACACCUUCCAUCUGGUUUGUCCGGAGCUGUCUUCACGGGUGAGACGAGGGGUGGAGAAGAUGGAUGCGUCUUUCGAACAAGUCCCUCUUGCCAGGCUCUGA